AUGUUUCCCUCUCUUUUCCUCGCCCUCGUGGGCAUCUCUGCUCCCUUGGCUGCUGCAAAGACCAACACUCCAGGCUUGGAGCUGGUUUACUCGCUUGAGCGCGCCACCCAGGGCAUCAGUAUCUCCGCCGAUGGCCGCAAAUUCCUGACACAGCGUUACUCCACGACCGCCGCGCCCCAGAUCGUCGAGCUUCUCGCCAACAACAGCACCACUCUCUAUCCGGACGCGGCGUGGAACGCAUACAAUUCCAGUGACCCGAUCUCCGACCCGACGAAAAGCUUUGUCAGUGUCGAUGGAGCGCGCAUCGGUCCGGAUGGCCGCUACUGGGUCGUCGAUGGCGGCUCGUCGGGCGUCAAUGGCUCCACCAAGCUGGUCGGUGUCAACCUGACCACCAACGCAGUCGACAAGCUGUACUACUUGGACAAUGUCAAGGCGGAGGAGAGCGGUGUUGACGACGUCCGCUUCAACGCCGCUGGCGAUGUCACCUACCUCAGUGACACCGCGGGCGCGCUCAUCAUCCUGAACAUGACGACCGGCGACGGCGUGCGCGUGCUCUCCGACCACUCUUCCGCCCAGGCCUGGUUCCCCAUGAUGUACAACCACACCCUGGUGCCUGGCUACGGCGCCGCCGGCAGCACCCUCGCCGUCGGCCUCGACCAGAUCGAAGUCUCCCCCGACGGCGUCUGGCUGUACUACCAGCCCUGCAACGGCGGGCUGUACAAGAUCGAGACCGCCUAUCUCGACGCCGCUCUCACCAACACCACCCUCGCCGCCUCGCUUGGGGACUACGUUCAGGCUGUUGCUCUGACCCCCAGCACGGGCGGCACCACCAUCGACGGCAACGGCAACAUCUAUUUCAGCGAUACUAACCUGUUGGCCAUCUGGAAGGUGACUCCCGAGGGCGUGGCCUCGAUCCUCUUCCAGGAUGACCGCCUGAUCUGGACCGACCUUAUGUGGGUUACCCCGGACAAGAAGCUGUGGCUGCCGGCUUCUCAGAUGCGUCCUGGUGGUGAUGGCCUGAUGGCUGCCGGCCCUAACUACAUCUUUACCUACCCUAUCGAGGCUGGUCCCUCCCCGAUUGACCACGCCUAG